UGGAAGAGCCAGCCAUUUGGAGGUAGGGGUUGGUGGCUCCUGGGAUCCUUCUGCUAGACAGAGAUAUAGAAAGCCCAAGAGUCAGGAAGCAGGAGGUUUGGCAUGAGAGUGGGAGACCGAUAAGGGCCAAUGUCCUAGGCCCUGUAGGCAAAGGGCAUAGAAGGACUAUUAUUUGUCUAUGGAGGAAGGUUCUUGUCCCAGCUUCAGAUGACCCUGUUUAUUUUCUUGUCUUUUGGCCCUGCCCACCUAAUGCUGAAGCUCCACCCCUGUCCCCGUGCUCUGUCUUACAUGUAGGACAUAGGUGUGGAAGGAUAAAUUGUGGGAGUGGCAGUUACAGAGGGUUGAUGGACAUUUCGAGCAGAUAGAGCCUCUGCAGAUACUUACAAAUCUAGACAGAGCCUCUGACCAGAACAUCAAGGGAAUUCUCUCUGAAAUAAUACCUAUCUGAAAAGUCUUGAAAUUAAGACUAAAUAUCAACUUCAUAUGUUAAGAGGAUGGCAACAGGCAGGGCACGCUCUACCCGAAAGCUCCGGAAAUGGGUUGUGGAGCAAGUGGAGAGUGGGAAGUUCCCGGGAGUGUGCUGGGACGACACAGCUAAGACCAUGUUCCGGAUUCCCUGGAAGCACGCAGGCAAACAGGACUUCCGGGAGGACCAGGAUGCUGCCUUCUUCAAGGCCUGGGCUAUAUUUAAGGGAAAGGACAAGGAGGGCGACAUAGGAGGCCCUGCUACUUGGAAGACUCGCCUGCGUUGUGCCCUCAACAAGAGUCCUGAAUUUGAAGAGGUUCCUGAGAGGGGCCGUAUGGAUGUUGCUGAACCCUACAAGGUAUAUCGGCUGCUGCCACCCGGUACCCUCCCUGCCCAGCCAGAGACCCAGAAAUCACCAUCGAAGCGACACCACAGUUCCAUGUCCUCUGAGAGGGAGGAGGAUGAGGGUACCAUGAACAACUGUACGCUCAGUCCUACCUACCUCCAGGACCCCCUUGAUAAUGAGGUUAGGAUCAAUGGGGAAGCAAGCCACUCAGACCGUAGGAGCAGUAAUAGCAGCAGCAGUAGCAGCAGCAGCAGCAGCAGCAGCAGCAGCAGCAGCCCUGAGCCACAGGAAGGUGCAGAUACCACUGAGGCUACUUUUCAAGAGGAUCAGGUAUCCAUGGAGCAUCUUCUCCCUCUGGACUCAGACUACUCGCUGCUGCUCACCUUCAUCUACAGUGGGCGUGUGGUAGGCAAAGCCCAGGUGCACAGCCUGGACUGCCGCCUUGUGGCUGAGCCCUCAGACUCCAGGAGCAGCAUGGAACAGGUCGUAUUUCCCAAGCCUGACCCAUCAGAGCCCAUCCAGCGCCUCCUGAGCCAGAUCGAGAGAGGCAUCCUGGUGGCCAGUAACUCCAGAGGUCUCUUCGUACAACGCCUUUGCCCCAUCCCCAUCUCCUGGAAUGCACCCCAUGCCCCACCUGGGCCAGGUCCGCAUCUGCUGCCUAGCAAUGUGUGUGUGGAGCUCUUCCGAACCACCUAUUUCUGCAGAGACUUGGACAGGUACUUCCGGGGCCUGGGUCCCCUACCCAAGUUCCAGGUAGCACUGCAUUUCUGGGAGGAGAACCCUGACCCCAGCCAUACCUCACAGAAUCUUAUCACAGUGCAAAUGGAGCAGGCCUUUGCCCGACAUUUACUGGAGACUCCAGAGGAGCAUGCAGCCACUUUAUUCCUGGUGUAGAAUGGGGGACCCACCUGCUGCCUCACCUCUCUAUUCCCCCUGUCUUCUUUGAAAUACACUCAUUCUUCACUCUGUU